AGCAUUAAGGGCCCGGGAAGAGGGGCGGAGCUGGCGCGAUAGGCCCGGCCGGGUUAACCGCCUUUUUGUCGAGGUAUCGGAGCUGCCUGAGCCCAGAGGGGACCUCUGAGUACCGCGGGGCUGGCUUUGCAGUUAUUGCAGCUAAUAAAGGCCUUUAGCCGAGCUUCCUGGGCCCGGGAAACGUUCCUCCUCCAACCAGCCCCCGCCCUCCCCACUCGGGCGCACAUCUCCCUUCCUGACGCAUUUUGCCGCACAAGCUGUAAUAUGGCGGCAGCGACGGCGGCUUGAACUCUAGGGAGCCAGGGUGAUUCUUGGUGCUUCAAAAUCGUAAGACUGAGCACUACUGCGGGGCGCAAUAGAAUUGGAUCACUUGUCCUUGACUUCUGUCUUUCUCUAUUUAAAGAUUGAAGUAUCGGAGCCAUGGGAAUAAAGGUUCAGCGUCCUCGAUGUUUUUUUGAUAUUGCCAUUAACAAUCAACCUGCUGGAAGAGUUGUCUUUGAAUUAUUUUCUGAUGUAUGCCCUAAAACAUGCGAGAACUUCCGCUGUCUUUGUACAGGUGAAAAGGGUACAGGGAAAUCAACUCAGAAGCCAUUACAUUAUAAAAGUUGUCUUUUUCACAGAGUUGUCAAGGAUUUCAUGGUUCAAGGUGGUGACUUCAGUGAAGGAAACGGACGAGGAGGGGAAUCUAUUUAUGGAGGAUUUUUUGAAGAUGAGAGUUUUGCUGUUAAACAUAACAAAGAGUUCCUCUUGUCAAUGGCCAACAGAGGGAAGGAUACAAAUGGUUCACAGUUCUUCAUAACAACUAAACCAACUCCUCAUUUAGAUGGGCAUCAUGUUGUUUUUGGGCAAGUGAUCUCUGGUCAAGAAGUUGUGAGAGAGAUAGAAAACCAGAAAACAGAUGCAGCUAGCAAACCAUUUGCUGAGGUACGGAUACUCAGUUGUGGAGAGCUAAUUCCCAAGUCUAAAGCUAAGAAAGAAGAAAAGAAAAGGCAUAAAUCCUCUUCCUCCUCCUCCUCAUCAUCCAGUGACUCAGAUAGCUCAAGUGAUUCUCAGUCCUCUUCUGAUUCUUCUGAUUCUGAAAGUGCUUCUGAAGAGAAAUCAAAAAAAAGGAAAAAGAAACAUAGAAAAAAUUCCCGAAAACACAAGAAAGAAAAGAAGAAGCGAAAGAAAAGCAAGAAAAGCGCAUCUAGUGAAAGUGAGGCUGAAAAUCUUGAAGCACAACCCCAGUCUACCGUACGCCCGGAAGAGAUCCCUCCUAUACCUGAAAAUAGGUUCCUAAUGAGAAAAAGUCCUCCUAAAGCUGAUGAAAAAGAAAGGAAAACCAGAGAAAGAGAGAGAGAAAGAGACUGUAAUCCACCUAACUCCCAGCCUGCUUCAUAUCAGAGGCGACUUUUAGUUACUAGGUCUGGCAGGAAAAUUAAAGGAAGAGGACCAAGGCGUUAUCGAACUCCUUCCAGAUCCAGAUCAAGGGAUCGUUUCAGACGUAGUGAGACUCCUCCACAUUGGAGGCAGGAGAUGCAGAGAGCUCAAAGAAUGAGAGUAUCAAGUGGUGAAAGAUGGAUCAAAGGGGAUAAGAGUGAGUUAAAUGAAAUAAAAGAAAAUCAGAGAAGCCCAGUUAGAGUAAAAGAGAGAAAAAUGACUGAUCACAGACAUAUGUCUGAGAGUCCAAACAGAAAAAGCGAAAAAGAAAAGAAAGUUAAAGAUCAUAAAUCUAGUAGCAAAGACAGAGACGUCAGAAGAAAUUCAGAAAAAGAUGAUAAAUAUAAUAAAAACAAAGUGAAGAAAAGGGCUAAAUCUAAAAGUAGGAGUAAGAGCAAAGAGAAAUCAAAGAGUAAGGAAAAAGAUUCAAAGCAUAAUAGACAUGAAGAGAAGAGGAUGAGUUCAAGGAGUAAAGAAAGGGAUCAUGAGAAUGUUAAGGAAAAAGAAAAGCAGUCUGAUUCUAAAGGAAAAGAUCAGGAAAGGAGUGGAAGUAAAGAGAAGUCAAAACAGACAGAAUCAAAAAGUAAUGGGCAUGAUCAUAAUAAAAGUAAAGAAAAGGAUAGACGCGCUCAGACUAGGAGUAGAGAGCGUGAUAUAACUAAAAGCAAACACAGUUACAAUAGUAGGACAAGGGAACGAAGCAGAAGUAGGGACAGGGGCAGAAGAGGGCGAUCUAGAAGCCAAGACAGAGAUCGCAGCCGAAGCAAGGAGUACCAUAGAUACAGAGAACGGGAGUACAGGAGAAGAGGAAGGUCACGAAGCAGAGAGAGAAGAGCAACACCAGGAAGAUCGAGAAGUAAAGAUAGAAGGAGAAGGAGGAGAGAUUCACGGAGCUCAGAGAGAGAAGAGAGUCAAAGCAGAAACAAAGAAAAAUACAGAAACCAAGAAAGUAAGACUUCACACAGAAAAGAAAAUUCUGAGAGUGAGAAAAGAAUGUACUCUAAAAAUCGUGAUCAUAAUAGCUCAGCUAAUAACAGGGAAAAAAAGGCUGAUAGAGAUCAGAGUCCAUUCUCAAAAAUAAAACAAAGCAGUAAGGACAAUGAAUUAAAGUCCUCCACAUUGAAAAACAAGGAGGAUGACAAGACCAGAUCCUCAGUGGAAAAAGAAAUCAACCAAAAAUCAAAGGGUCAGGAAAAUGACCACAUACAUGACAAAAAUAAAAAAUUUGAUCAUGAAUCAAGCCCUGGAACAGAUGAAGACAAAAGUGGAUAAGUGAGUUGUGUAAACUUAUUUCCAUUCUGUCUCAAAUUUUAAGUUUUAGAGACUUGCUGAUAAAUCAUCUUUAUGUUGUUUUCCUCUUCAUUCUUUUAUGGGUUGUUCUAUGUUUUUUUUUUUUUUUUUUUUUAAUGUGGACUUCAUUUAGUUGAUCUUUUGAUAAUCUGCAACCUGGAUAAUUUGUACUGCUAAAGUUUUAAUAAACUUGAAAUGAGAAAAACACUUUGUGUAAUACUGUGUGCUGUGUUUGACUAUUUCACGUAUGCAUUUUUGUGUUGCAACAAUCAGCCAAUAGCAAACAUGCUAUACUACAUCCUGAUUUGUUUGAUAACAGGCAUAACUGAUUGUUGCAAUACAUUGUUACAAAAGCUUGUGUUUCUCAUCACUAAAGUUAGAAGCCACUAGGUAGAAGAUAAUCUUGUAUAGAUUUUCUGACUGCAUUUAUAAACAAGCCUUGCAGUAGUUCCUUCUAAUAACACAAAGCAGGAUCCUAAUAACUUGAGAUCUUAAAUCUUCACUUUUGAUUUUAUAGUAGUUUUGAUUUAAAUAGAUAAAUAUGUAAUUAUUUACAUUGCAUUUCAUAUUUGAUUCUUCCAGACUGUAAAGCUUGUUUCACAUUAAUUUUCCUGUCGAAUUCAGUUUUAUUUAACUUUAUAAAAAUAGUUCUGAGUUUUUAUUCAUUUAUUUUGUUUUUCAGUUGAUGUACUGAUUUAGCUUGACUUGCUGUUAUACAGCAUUUGACAGGACUAUACCUUGGAAAAUCAGAUUUUAAUUCUCAAUUCUGUUACUGCUUUUGGGCUGAAGAGUUGAAAUUGUUGCUUUGGGGAAACAUUUAUUAUUAUUACCCUUUUCUAAAAUUAAAAAAAAAAAAAAUUCUCACUAAAACGUAUCACUUGUGCAAGUCCUUAAGUUAGGCAGAUUCUAAAAGUCAUUAGUAUUGACACAUUAACUCCCAAGAUUUCUUUUUUGGCCACCAACCUAUAAUAGAGUUUAGUGUUAACUCUGCAUGGUUUUGUUUUGUUUUGUUUUUUUUAAUUGAACGAACUCUCAUAGUUGUGAGUUUCAAAUGUCAGGAAAAUGCAUUUUUUCUAUAUAUAUAUCAUGAUAGGCUACAUAGCAUGUUCAUUGACUCUGGUUUCUGUUUAGGUGGCUUUAAACUAUUAUUGUUAACAGUUCUAACUUGGCAUGUAUAUAACAUUGCCACAUAGAGUAGAAAGUUGGAAAAUUAGAGAGCUAAAGAUACCCAAAAGUCAUUUAGAUUUUGUGUGUUGUAUUUUGCUAUUUUGUGAUGUGUGGCCUUUUAUUCUGUAAUUUCUCUUCUACAUAAAACAUUGAAAAUCCAGCAAACACAAAACCGGCCUCAUUUUAAAAGAAAUUUCAUAAUUCCAAUUAAUAGUAGUCUAGAGUGUUUCCUACUUUAAUAUUUGUUGAUAUGGUGUUAACUGUAUUAUCAGGGUAGCUUCUUGAUAAACCCAGUAGCUACUCAAUGCUAUUUGUACUAAAUAAGGCAGUGCUUAACAUAAUAUUUCUCAUUAUUGAUUAAUACAGUAAUGAUACAUUUGGCAUUGAGAUAAUUGUUUACAGAAUGAAUAGGAUAAUGAAGAUAAAAGUGUUUAGAAUCUUAAAUAUCCACAGUGCAGUGUUUCCAAAACUUUUUACCUGAUAAUAAAAGUAAUAGAUAUAUAUUAUAAUCCAGGGUAUUUGAUUGUUUAGGGACUUUGACCACAAACCCACUUUAGGGAUAAUUGAGUCUGAGUGCCCAAGCUGUAUAAUCUGUUAAAUAUUUUAAACAAGUUAUUGCUUGUCUUAAAUUCAGCAAACUGCAUUUUUAAAAUCUUUGUGAUAAACUAUUUGAGCUUCAAGAAAGGUGCUAUUUAAGAAAGGAUUUCUAAUAACAUAUAUUUUUUAAAAGCCCAUGCUAAGUAAAAACACUUCCGUGUUGUCUGAUCCCAGAGCUUUAUCUACCAAGAAUUACAGACAAGUACUCUAAAUGUUAGAGUUUUGAAAAUAACCAUAGUGAAAAAAAUUUUAGUACCUUCUACGAACAGUAUUCUUCUGUUUGGCUAUCAAAAGAGCAGCUCCAUGCUAAGCAUUAUUUAAAUCCCCUCCUCCCACCCGCACCCCCACUUUUUUUUGUAAGGUUUCGUAGCCGUUGUAACAGUAGAACACAUUUCGUCAAGGAGUUCAGAUGAGAGGUGAGAACCAAACUAGAUUUUAUUUUCAGAAUAUAAGGAAUGUUUAGACAGUGAUUAAAUAACAUUAACUGUACCUCAAGAUCUCUUGCAUCUGAAUACCGCACAGCUCAAAUGGUCUUAUCCUUUCAUUAUAUUUGUAAUAUUUGUGCCAUCUUUAUUUUUUACUUUCAGCAUACUGUUUUCCUAAAAAUCAGUUAUUCUGUCCUGUUAAAUUGAUUUUAUAGUUCAUUCCUGAGCUUACAGUUUAUUUCAGUGUAUCUUUGACUUAAUAUCCUUUUAAGAAUAGUUCUGUUUAAAUUUUGUUUUUGUUGCUCAGUUGGUGGUAUCUGAAAAUUUUUUCAGAAUAUAGAAUUUUUAUGAUUAUUUUGUGUAAAAUAUUUUUCUGGGUAAGUUAUCUGCCACAGAAAUUGACACUACAGAGAAAUUAAUGUUAAUGAAAUGAGCAGUAGAGAAGUUACUGGAUUGCUUUAAGACUAAGUGGCCUUUGAUCUUGUGCCAGUGAAUGAUAUGAAGGUAAAACAAGUAAAUAUUCCUUUAUGUUAUAAGCAGGCACACAUUUGGUUUCUGGUAUUUUGGGCAGUGGUAUUAACUGAUAAUUCUAAUUUAUUUUCAAGUUAGUAUAUAAAACUAGUUUUUUGUUUUUUUUUUUUUUUAA